AUGGAGGAGGCAGCCUUGGAGACACAAGCUCCGGUGCAGGAGCACGAGAUUCCGACUCCGGUGCCGGAGCAAGCGGAGAAGAACCUUCUGGAAGGCGACUGCGGAAUGGGAGCAGGACUCAGCAUGUCGGAGGUGGCAGAGAUAGCCCCAGGGCGGCGCGACCAGUGGAUCCCCCAACAGGAGGACAGUCAGGUUUCGCAGUGUGUGGAGACUCAGCCCCCCGUGGCCAAGAACAUUUUUGCAGAGCCGCUGGUGAUUCCGCAGACAGCAGAGCCGAAGCCCGUUGUUCGAACCUUGGUUG